UUUCCUAAUAUUCUUUUUCCGUUACUAAAAAAAUAUUUCGCAACUAACACCGUUUCUAUUCUAAACAAAGUUAGAGUUUUGAACCACUUUUCAAUUUUCGAGCUGAAACAUGAAAGUGCAUUAAUUCACACCCAAACCUCCAACACAUCUUUCUCAAUAGCUCAAAAUUCGAAAUUCCACUCAUCCAAGAGCAAGAAUUUAGCAUCAACAUGAAAUCACAAAUUUGAAAUUUCCACCACUAAUCAUCAAAAACCCAAGAAAAAGAAACGUGAUGUGCAUCGCAAUAUUUCAAUGGCAAUCCCACCCACUUUACCCAUUUCUUCUACUCCUCAACCGCGACGAAUAUCAUACCCGGCCAACAAAUCCAGCAGGGUGGUGGGAAGGUGAAGAAAUUGUUGGUGGGAAAGAUGAAGUUGGUGGUGGGACAUGGUUGGCUUGUUCCAAAGGUGGAAGAAUUGCUUUUCUUACCAAUUUUAGAGAGAGAGAAUCAAUUCCUCAUGCUAAAAGUAGAGGAGAUUUGCCUGUUCGUUUUCUUAAGUGUAAGAAAGAUCCGGCGGGAUAUGCUGACGAGGUAAUCCAGGAGUCCAGCCAGUAUAAUGGAUUUAACUUGAUAUUGGCAGAUCUCUGCUCCAAAACCAUGGUAUAUGUAACCAACAGGCCAAAAGAUAAUAAACCGUUGGCCCUGCAAGUUUCACCUGGGAUUCAUGUUCUAACAAAUAGCAGUUUGGAUACGCCUUGGCCCAAGGCUCAACGGCUUCUCCAUAACUUUAAGGAGUUAAUGGGCACAUAUGGUGGAGAUGAAGUAGAUGCGCAUGAAAUGGCUGACAAGCUAAUGAUGGACACAACAAAAGCAGAUGAAAACUCACUCCCCAAAAUUUAUCCUGCUGAGUUUGAGUAUCAACUGAGUUCCAUCUUCAUUGACACUGAUACUCCACUGGGAAGGUAUGGCACCAGAAGCACGUCUGUUGUGCUUGUGAAGGUUGACGGAGAGGUCUGCUUUCAUGAACGAUACCUGGAGGAUGACUCCUGGAAGGAACACAUAAUAACGUACCAAAUAGAGUAAGAUGCUAAUCAAGGUAUUUCCGCUUGGAAAUGUGAUAAGUGGUUGAAUCCUUUUCCGAUAUCUCAUAGACGAAACUGUAAUAUAACAGUCCGUGUAUGAAUAUCUGUGUGUCCAUGCCUCACCUUGUAGAUAAUUCCAUGGUUAUUGUACUUUAGAACCCUUCUUCAGUUGACACCGUGUAACAAUAUGACCUCCUUAAAUCCAUAAAAUAAAUGUGGCGCACUUUUUUAGAA